GAUUGUCAUGGCAGGAACAGCUGGGGCUCAAAACUACAUCAGAGUGCAACAAAUGUACAGGGUUGUCCUGCUUGGAGACACCAGAGCUGGGAAAAGCAGCCUAGCAAACACCAUAUUUGGAGAAGACGUGUUCAGGGCUGAUAACACUGGAUGUCAAGCUGAGACCAAAUCAGUCCAUGGAAGAAGGAUCACCCUGAUCAACACUCCUGAUCUCUUUAGCCCAGGUAGAUCAGAGGAGGAGCUGAAGCCUGAAAUAUUGAGGUGUAUCACUGAUUUUCCUCCUGGGCCUCAUGCUUUUCUCAUUGUGCUCAAAGUGGAUAAAUCCACAGAGCAGCAGCAACAGGCUGUCACUGAGAAAAUAUGCCAGUAUUUCUCAGAGGAAGCUUUCAAAUAUGCUGCAGUUGUCUUUACUCAGGAUGACCAGGUCUCAGAAGGAAUGAGGAUCCAAGACUUCAUAGAUAAGAAUAAAUGUGUGAGUGAUCUGGUGAAGAAGUGCAAGAGCCGAUACCACACCAUUAAUAAUUACAAGCAGUGUGACAACAUCAGCAGCCAAUCCCAGGUGGCUGAGUUGCUCAACACAAUAAACCAGAUACUUAAAGAAAACAAAGGAAGGUGCUACACCAGCAAGAUGUUGCCACAAGGAGGCACCUGCAGUAACGCUAACAAGAUGGCAUACUUAGCUUCUACAAGAGGAACAGCAGGAGCAGCAGGAGCUGAACGUGGAGGAGUAAAGGAAGCAGUAAGAUGGGCAAUGCAGAAAAUGAUCAAUGUAAAAACGUGGAUAAAAACAUAUUCUGAAUUAAUGGUGAUUGUUUUCUUCUCAUUACUGCUGACAUGUUUUUUUCUCAAAGUACCAUUUUUUGGAAUCCUUCUGACAGUAAUACUGUUUGUGUCGCUUUAUAAUUUGAUAUGA